UUGUGGACUAUCAUAAUGUUUUCUUUUUAGUAUUUUUUUAACUUUAUCCCUCUAAAAUCGGCACACAUAUUGCGAAAUGUCCAGAUUUCUCUUGAACAAAAGAUUUGUUCCCAGUUUGGUCCAGCAAGACUUCUUGCUAGCCGGUUCAUGGAUUCCGUCACAGUCUCGGAGGGGAAAGGCCUCAACCCCCAUAAACAUGUGUGUUAUGUUUGUGCCUCAGCAAGAGGCCUGGGUGGUGGAGCGCAUGGGUCGGUUUCAUAGGAUUCUGGACCCCGGCCUGAACAUUCUGGUCCCAGUGGCGGACAAAAUCAAAUACGUGCAAAGUCUAAAGGAAAUCGCCAUCGAUGUCCCGAAGCAAAGUGCCAUUACCUCCGACAACGUGACCUUAAGUAUCGACGGAGUGCUUUACUUGCGAAUCAUCGACCCCUACAAAGCAUCUUACGGCGUGGAGGAUCCGGAGUUCGCUAUAACACAACUGGCCCAGACGACGAUGAGAUCCGAGCUGGGGAAGAUGUCCAUGGACAAAGUCUUCCGUGAAAGGGAGUCUCUGAACGUCAGUAUAGUGGAUUCUAUUAACAAGGCCAGCGAGGCGUGGGGAAUCGCCUGUUUGCGUUACGAAAUCCGUGAUAUUAGAUUGCCCACCAGGGUUCACGAGGCGAUGCAGAUGCAGGUGGAGGCCGAGAGGCGUAAACGAGCGGCUAUUCUUGAGUCGGAAGGUGUUCGUGAAGCUGAAAUCAAUAUCGCCGAGGGCAAGCGAAAGUCCAGAAUCCUAGCCUCCGAGGCCGAGCGCCAGGAGCACAUCAACAAGGCCAGUGGAGAGGCGGCAGCCAUUAUAGCCGUGGCCGAUGCUAGAGCACGCAGCCUGCUGGCCAUCGCCAAGUCCCUAUCCCAUCUGGAUGGCCAAAAUGCUGCUUCCCUUACGCUGGCCGAGCAAUACAUUGGAGCCUUUAAGAAGCUGGCCAAGACAAAUAACACCAUGAUCUUGCCCACGAAUCCCGGAGAUGUUAAUGGGUUUGUGGCUCAGGCCCUGGCGGUGUACAACCACGUUUCCAACUCAAACCAAGCCACCAAGUCUUCGGAAAACAUUAAGGGCGUCGGUGCCUGCUUAAACGCUAAGAACGUUGAAUACAAGGAGUUGCAGGAGGAUAAAAACAGUGUAAAAAUGAAUAUUGAAUAGGAAUAAAUAAAUGGUUAUUGCUAUUAAA